UUGGCAACAAAGUGAAAAAAAAAGUUUUUAGCAGUUUUUUAAUAAUUCAAUAAUUGUUACAAAAUGUGAUGUUGAUACAAAUGCUAAAAUUGAAAGCUAAUAAUUGUUCGGCGGUAAGCAUUUUGCAUCAAUUAUAAAAAUGUAUCGACAUGCAAUCAAUUUAAUCGAAUUUUCUCGAAGAACGUACAACCGCAACAAAAUAGUCUUAUAUAAGGAACAUCGUCGCACAGUGUAGUUGCUACGAUAAUUAGCGUAUCGCUAACGAUUUUGGAAAAUUUUAACACGCGAAUGACGUUACUCGAGAAGGAGAAACGCCGAUGUGUCGUGAAAUAUUUCGUUUGCCAAAGUUGCUUGACAGUUUGACACACGCGCAAUACGAUAUGGUACAAACUGAUAAAAACAAUAAAAUUUUCGGUUUUUAUACUCGAUUGUCCGAGUCAGUUCCAAUUUUACACAUUUUUUUGUAAAUCGAAAUUUUGUGCAUUUUUAAUAUUUCGUAUUUUCUGUUUAGUUUUAUAUUUAUAGAAACGUACAAGGUCUGAACAAGUAUAUAAAAACGAAAAAUGUAGAUUAUCAUACGUCUUAUCAGUACACAUAUCAAAUGGUAUUUUUUCAUGAACCGUGUGUCAAUACAAAGUAGUGCAAAUACACGUAAAUUGAGCGUGUCGAAACGUAGCUCUGCUCUCGUCAAGUGUCAGUGAUCGAUGUGACUGCAAAGAAUCUUGUCGUAAGAUCGACGAGAAUGAUUUAUAGCGUCGUUCCGUGAAUUUGAUGUAUUUUGCACAAAUAUCGAUUCUCGUUUCACGCGUCGAAUGCAGAUUGUGAUGUUUCAGGGCACCGCUUCGAAAUUUACGAGAGCAGAAAGCGACACCAGCAGCAGCGUGACUUUCAGCAACAGCGGUUCGACGCCGAACGGAAGUCCUCUGGGCUCCGAAACAGAAGAAGAAGCGAACGAUGAUGAGUUCGCCAAAGUGCCAUUGCAGGCUCCACCACGAAGAAAAAGUAGAACCAUGUCACAGUCUGUCAAUGAGAAAAUCGGAAACGACGCCGCGGAACUUUCGGGCGCGCAAAGUGCAAAUUCCACAAUAACCAGCGUGAACAGUAUCAGCAGUCUGUUAAAAGAGAAAUUGCAAUUAUCUUUGCCGCAGGCGUUGCGAAGCAGCGCGCGACGACAGAAUGCUGACUACAGACUCAGAGCUUUUGUCGGUUUCCUCUUUCUCUGCGUUGUUUUUCUCGUAGGAUUCGCACAUAUUUAUUAUAAUCAACAUGUUUUACAACGAGCUUAUUUCGACAAGUUUAGGUUUAACAAAAAUGAACGAGUAAUGAGAGUUUACAGUAGUACAGGCGCGGAAAUCAUCGGCGCCCGACUCGGCGAGGGCAUUCCAGCGGAAACGGGAGUGUAUCCUUGUCUUCUCCAUCAUCAGAGACAAGACGCAGUCUGUCUCGAGUGGCUGCAUCAAACGCGGCUCUACUUGGCGCAUACAAAGCGCGAGGACAUGCAUUGCUAUCACGUGACCUGGCAAAGUCUUAGUCCCUAUUACAAUCCCAAGGACUGCUUCGACUGGUCCCCGAAGAGAGGUCAUUGGUACGGCGCCGGUCAGAUUCAGAACAUGGCGUAUCCGCUCGAAAGAGGUCGCUUGGAGCUGAGUCCCUUUAUCACGGGUGACGUGAGAAGGCAUCCUUUCGGCAACGUGCUGAAGCGAUAUUUCCUCAACUCGAAAGGUGCCACAAUCCUGGUGGAUCCAGAGACGCCGCUGUACGUUUCUAUCAACGCCAAUCGAACCAACGACUUCUGUCUUCAGGCAAAACACGACGGUUUUGCUUACAUCAAUCACCUGACACCGCUACCUCAGCUUAAUUACACCAUCUGCGCCACCGAUAACAUGAAGAACCUGCACUACUCAAUGGCGGAGAAGUCUUUGUGGGACGGUUUGAAGCCUGAUGAAUUGCACGCCGUUCAUUCCUUGCUAUCCGAGCCCGUUUGGCAAAUUGUACCUACCAAUGAAGCGGCCAUUUAUAAUUACACGGAGGACGUGAUUGCAUUGGGAUUUCUUCGCCAAGGGCACGUCUUGUUGAGCGAGGAAUGGCAAUCUUAUUCGGGAGAUUUUGUUUUGGACGAGGAGCGCUUUCCCUCUAUGGAGGAAACUAUUAAUAUUAUUCAUCGCAGAGGAUUCAGAAUAGUCUUUAGCAUCCAGCCGUUUAUUGCCACAGAGUCUGUAAACUUCAAAGAUGCUGUCGCUAAUAGAUUAUUGAUUUCUGAGAGAGGAAGCGAUCCUAGAAUUCCAGCGUUAACAAGAUACAAACAAAGUAACAGCGCCGGCGUACUGGAUAUCACGAAUAACAAAACUUUGCCGUGGCUUCAAGCAAAACUCGAAAGUUUGAUCAAGAAGUACAACGUAGACUCAUUCUACCUCGAUCUUGGCACCGCCCAGGAUAUGCCGCAUUAUUAUAAAUGCGAACAACCUCUGACAAAUCCCGAUCAUUACAAGACCAUUUUUACUCGCUCGAUAUUAGGCACCAUUCCCGUGAUUGGCGUUUCCAGCGCCAUUUCCAGACCACGAGCUCCCGUUUUCGUGUCUCUGCCUCCCUUUCCCUCUUCCUGGAAGGCUAUCAAGACUGUCAUUCCCACCGUUCUCAAUUACGGCAUGAUCGGUUAUCCGUUCAUCAUGCCGGGAGCGGUAGGCGGUGACGUGGCGCUCCCGAUGUCGGACAAUAAUCCCGAUAACGACUUCGAGGUGGAUCUGCCCGACAAGGAGCUCUACAUCCGUUGGCUGCAGUUGUCCACCUUUUUGCCUGUAAUUCGCUUCACGCAUCUACCCAGCAAGUACUCGGAUCAGUCGGUUCUGGAGAUUGCCAAGCGACUGACCACUCUGCGACAGAAAACGGUAACGCCAUUGCUGAAGAAGUACGCGAACAAGACUCUAGACACCGGUUUGCCCAUUAUCAGACCGCUCUGGAUGCUGGAUCCGGCCGAUCCGGCUUGUCACGUGGUGGUCGACGAGUUUUCCGUGGGCGAAGAGUUGAUCGUGGCGCCGGUGCUUUAUUCCGGUAGCAGACAGAGAGAAGUUUAUUUGCCAGCCGGCGUAUGGAGGGACGGUAUCGACGGAAGUCUGAGGAAAGGCUCCAGAUGGAUUCACAAUUACAGAGUGGCAGAGGACAAAGUGGCUUAUUUCGUCAAGAUGCCGGAUAACACGAGAUUCUGAAACGAAUGCAAAACAGUUCCGCCGUUUUACGAUGCGUCAUCGAAGAAUUCCGGGAAUAUCGAAAUCCCGAAGCGUUUUAUCACUUUUAGUGAUUGCACUUUAUAUAAUGAUGAUGCAGUUUUAAUAUCAUAUAAGAGUUUUAUUUUGAUACACUCGUUGAUCUUUUUUUUUUUUUUUUUAUUCAUAUGAAAGUAGUAGCAUAAGCUUUUGUUCCUCGAUAAAUUCCUACAGUGCUGAAAAAUAAUUGUGCGAUAGCGGAUAUACGUUAUAUUGUGUUUUGAAGUCACAAAAACUUUACACGCGUGCGGAAGUAGAAGUAGGCGAUAUUUAAUUUUUUAAACAUAUUUAAAAAACAUUCCAACAACGACUAACAAAACGUCCUGUGUGAACUUUGAAAAAGUGCAGCAGAAUAGUUAUGGAGUGAUAAAUACUCAAUGGCGUAUAGAGUCAUAAGUAACGUCACUUGAACGUGCACCGAACAAAUGCAUUAUAUUCAAUAAAAAUGUAUCGGAAAACUUUGAUUACAGAAAUUAAAUCCACACUUCUUACCAUAUUUUUCUGGUAGGAUUAUUGUGUACUACAAAUAUUGUUACUAUUACGGUGUAUAUAGUAUAUAUAUACACACACAAGUGAUCACGUUAAGAAAGCAAGUAUAAGUUUAAUUUCUGUUGAUAAUUACAUGUAUUUUACCUAACGAUGCGACUCUUUUCUGUCUGUAUUAUAUGUUAGUUCGUUGAGGGCGAAAGCCUGCAGCGCAUAAUGCUUUUUAGCUUUGUGCGAGCACCAGAAUCAUCGGCCAAUUGCAAUUUGGGCCUCGGAAUUAAAUUAAACAAUUAUCAAAUCGUGGUGUUAGCACGCGAUUCAGCACGAAGAGAAGCAUUCGUGCGCCGCGGGCUUAAUAUUAGUGAGAGACUGUGAAAAUAAUAAUUGUAAUAAAAUAAAAAAAUAUACACAUAUUUGACCAGAAUGCACAAUUCGAACGCAGUGUUGCAGGAGACGCACGGGCUAGUUUAUUUUUUUUUCCAUUACAAACUUACAUGACAUGUGAAACAAAACACGUAAGCAUGCAAAAGCAGAAUCGAGACCGGCGUGACUUCUGGUAGAUUCGACACUUCCAUUUACAAACUGCGAACAAAACGUGUUCUUACGUUAAUCGUCACAAAUGAUGUGAUUGUAGAGAUAAAUGUUUGCACUGUGUGUCUGUUAGUAUCGAAAGCACCAUAAAUAUCACGUCGGUCCUGGUCCUCGUGCAAAACAUCUCGAACACGGCUGAUCUACGGUCGAUCGACGAGGAGAAAAUUAAGACGCGUGUGAGGCACACAGGCGGAAAGAUUCUAAGGUAUAGUGUAUAUUUAUUAUAUUAUCAUUCUUUUAUAUCAUAUAUAUAGCAUAACAUUAUUUCUAUAAUAAUAAUCAUAAUAAUAAUAAUCAUAGCACCAUGAACACUCCACAGUAAGUUCUUUUUUUUUUUUUUUUUUUUUAAUUCGUUAUU